UGAGUCAUGCGCGUUCAUGCAAGACUGCAUCGUACAGGAGGACCAAAACGGUAAAUAACGUCAGUAAAAAAACAACCGUUACGUUUAUUUUUUCUUAUUACAAGGUGAAUCACUGGGACGUUUAACAGUCGAUCGAAUGAUAUUGUUUAAAAACGUAACGUUAAAUAUUGGCUCUUCUAACCUAAAAUGUGCGAUGAGGAACAAAAUUACGCUCAAAUUGAAACCGAUCAGACCAAGUCGCAAUUGUCUUUAUUGGAUCUUCCAAUUGAGAUAUUUCUUCAUAUCUGCUUAUUCCUAGAUACAUCUACAUUAGUACAUGGCUUAAGUUUAGUAUGCAAACAAUUUCAUCAAAUUUUAAAUGACAACUCACUAUGGAAAAUGAGGAUUAGUAAAAUUUGGCCAAAUACUGGUUAUCCAGUUUUGCCUCCUGCUGAAGAUGAUGAACUGUUUUGGAAAUUAUCAUGUGUUGCUCUAGAAAAGCAAAUAUCAUUAUGGACAAAAGAAAAUUCCAUGGAAAAGUUAUCACUUACCAAUGUACAAUACAGUACUAUUGAUGGUUUAUUAUUAAUGCAGGAUGGGAACAUUUGUAUAUCAGGAGCUAGAGAUCGAACUCUAGUAUGUUGGAAACUUCCUACAGCAGAAAAUGAGAAAGAUAGUUACACAUGUAUAGAACUUGCACAUAAUGGAUGGAUUUGGGAUCUAGCAGCAAUAGAUAAUACAGUCUAUAGUUGCAGCUGGGAUCAAACUGUCAAAGCAUGGACGCUAACUAACACUGGUCUUGUUCCCUUCAAAACUUAUGACAUGGCUAUCUCAGGUGCUUUAUUGUGCAUCGCAUCAUGUCCAGAUUUAGCUCUUUUUGCAACGGGAUCAUUUUGUAGAACUAUUUUAGUAUGUGAUUCGAGAUUAGAUUAUCAACCUAUUAUAGAGUACCAACCACAUACAAGAGCCGUAAUUAGUCUCGCCAUGAGUUCUCAUUUUAUUUUAUCUGCUAGUGAAGAUAGAACAGUAUGUAUAUGGGAUCAAAGAGCGCGAAAAAUUAUGAAAAGUGUCACGAUUUCUCAGGAAUCAUUCCCUAUGAGUAUGUGUAUCCAGCGAGAUAUGGUUUAUGUAGGAGAUGGUAAUGCAAAAUUACACGUACUUGAUCCAAACAAAGGUUUUGAACCAGUCAAAUAUUAUACUACUGAACAUAAGAAAGGUAUUAACGGUGUUCAUCUUGCACCUGGAUGUCUAAUCACAUGUUCUAUGGAUGAAACAGUUCGAAUUUCCAGUCCUACCGACCCUCCACAACCUCUUACUACUUUAAAGUCUAAUUAUGGUGAAAUAGCUAGUACGGAUUAUUUAAAUGAUGUUCUUGCUGUUGCUGGAACAGAGGCAAUUGAAAUCUGGAGACCACAAUCGCAAGUCCAGUGUGCAUAAAUAUGUCAAUAAAUUAAUUACUUCUAUAA